AUGGCGAUUCAAAAUAAAGUACUUUACGCAUUUCGCGGCUGGAUAGCUUUCGUGGCCUUCAUGGACCUAGGGACAGCUGGCCGAUCAUACAUAGAAAAAAGGUCCUUUUUAAGCCAUAACGGUGAAAAUGAUCCCUUGGAUGGUACAAUAUCAAGAAUGUUGGGAAUGUUUUCUGUGUUGAAAGCUUUGGCAUUGAUACAUUGCACAUUGUACAUACAUUAUAGACCAGUGGUUUCCAUGGGUUACUGGUCGCUGGUGCUGAAUAUCGUGCUAUAUUUCUCUGAAGCCUUCUACUUUCACUCAACUACUCUCAACUUUUACGUGGUCUUCCCUUGUAUUUUGAAUAUACUUACGCUCCUUGGAUUAAUCUACCUGCCAUCAAAAAUAAAACUUUGGGGUACCAUCCCCGGUACAUCAGGGAUGGAGAGGGACCUAGACGAUGAAAAUGUGCAAAUACUUCGACAGAUGGGCAAUUUCCGAAGACGAAAAGGAAACCCAGUAAAAAAUAAGCAUGUUUGA